AUGAAAAUUACCAAAGAAAACUUGUCGGACAUCAGAGAAGAGUAUGAAAAAGCGCACCGUUUAAUCGAUGAAGAUAGCAAGAAUGAUCCUCCCACAGAACCGUUUCGUUCACAUUAUACUGCACGAGACGUUCUACAUAGUGCGUUAAGAAAAGUGAAAACAUUGUCUGAAGCGCUCGAUCAACAGACGGAUGCAGCUGCAACGGUGCGUUGCAUUCAGGCGAAUAUCAUCAAGGUCAUCGCCAAAAUAACAAUAUUUGUCGAAGAACCACGUGGAGAUACACUCCUCAAGGAAGCUCUCGAGCUUGUUGAAAUGGACCGCGGAAAAGAGCCCACGAUCAACGUGCACAUAGAAAUUCUCAAUCAGCUCGGCAUAUCGGAGUGUAAUCAUUCCAACUAUGCGGAAUCCAAGCAGUAUCUAGAUCAAGCAAAAGAUAUCUACAUGGAAGCAAAAGAACAAGAAUUGCAACCUCUUACGAUGGCCGAUCUGUUUGGUACCAAGGACGAAGUGGAGAAAGGAAAAGGACUGAAACUAUUAGAGUCGAAUCACACAUUGACGCUGUAUUACCUGGCGCAGGUAUUUGGUUUCUUGAACAAUCUUGAGGACUCGGCACGAUUUUGCCAUAUGACGCUGCGACGUCAGCUCGAAUACAACGAGUAUGAACACAUCGAUUGGGCAUUAAACGCGGCCACCUUGUCGCAGUAUUACUUCCCUAAAAAUCAUCUCUCUCAGGCACGGCAUCUUCUUGCAGCCAGCACUUUUAUCCUGAACCGAUACGAGACCGAUGUGAUCGAAAAAAUUACAAACCCCGAGGAACGAGCUGAGAAAGAGGACACGCUUCGUUACCGUAUGGCGGAUGUUGGACGAUGCUGGGCCAAAUAUGGUUUACAUAUUCUUGCAACGUCGAAGGAGCGUCUCAGUGUAGAUGAUGAUCCUGACGAUGAUGCACCGAAAGAAGCACCCCUUACGCCGGUUAAAAAAAUGGAUCGGUUCGUUGGACUGGAUCUUACAGCUUAUGAAGGCCAGGUCACGGACGAAUUCUGCCUAACGUUCGACGAUGCAAAACUAGUCAUGUUGAAUUCUCUUUCAUGGUUGAAGAAGGCAAAAGAGUAUUACACGAAGGAGACUGCGGCGUCCCAGUAUGCGAUCAUUUUGCAGGACAUCGCCUCGUUGUACAAACAUCUGGCCGCCUUUGACGAGGACGAUGGCAACCAAUGCAAACUUUUUAAGCGUGGUGCGGAUCAACUGGAAGAGAUCGUGGAAAUUUUAAAUGCAACAUAUUAUUUGACGAUUUGCAGGGAAGCUUGGUACGAGUUAGGAUUAACAUAUUCCAACAUGCUUAACGUUAAAUUAUCACAACUGGACGAGUUGCAGUCCAACGAACGGCCAACUCCCCAUGCUCUCAACAAAAUCAACCAUCUGUGUGAGAAAAGCAUUCGAAACUUUCAAAAGUUUGUCGAUUCGUACAAGAUCUCUCUGGAUACUCUAGAAUUGCCAGAAAACAUCGACGAAGACGAAAUGCAACCGAUAUUGUACGCAUUCUUUCAUAUUGGCCGAUUAUACUAUCGCAUCAUUACGCCGGAUAAGCGACUAAAACUUAAGAACGUAGAAAACAGCUUGUUUUUCUAUAAACGAUUCGCAGAAUGCUGCCUAAACGAACGUAUGAAACCGCUGUUCGCACAGGAAGUAGGUGUUUGUAAGGAGAUGAUUAGUUUACUACCACUGAAGAUUGAAAAACUUAAAAGCGAAAUUGCAGAAGAUCAGGUAGAAUAGAAGAAUAGCGAACCCCAUAAUGCUAACAGUUGGUCGUACGUAAUAAACUGCUAAUAAAUCCCAUAUGUAACUGCUAGCUACUCAGCUUCAAACUGUUA